CACACUCUGAGCUCAGGAAGCAACCACACACACUGCUCUGGUGCACAGCAGAGGAAACUCAGGACCUGCACAGUCGUCAGCUCUUAAAAUCUCUCUUCCUGCGCUCCCCAGGCUCAGGCCGCUCUGAGAUCUGCCGUCGGACUGACGAUGCCACAGACUAUCCAGCAUUCCCUCAGUCAUGUCCUCCUUUUGUGGAUCACCAUCCUUUCCAUCGUCCAGGUUGUGUUCAUCACCCUGUUCUUCACAACAGGACAUCACAGCCGGGCUUUGAGCAGUAGCACUGUAGCUCCAGCGGGCCCCAUGCAAUUCCAGGCUACCAAUACGCCCUUGGCCCCCUCGGAGCAUACGCUCAUGGGAAAAGCUGAAAUGCUCACCUUUAAGGCUACUGGAGCCAAUAGGAAAAUCGCAUGGGCAACAAAGAAUCAAGAUCAAAUCCUGGUUUCAGUAGAACAAGGAGGAACAGUUCUGAAAAUAAAGAAGGAUGGAUAUUUCUUACUAAAUCUUCAGGUGACACUGUCUCCAUGCAAUGGUACAAUGGGAUCGCUGUACACAGUCAGUCUGAAUUCAAGUGACACAGUCAUCCUGCAGGGCGGGAUCAACACUAACACCUGCAGCACCGGCCUGCUCGGGAAGGUGGAGGAGCUCGCUGCAAACGACAGCCUGGAGGUCACCAUCAAACCGCAAAACGAGGCCAUCAUUAGUAUCAUUGAUGACCACGAAUAUCUUACCCACCUGGAUAUCGUGUUUUUUCCGAGGAAUUAGAUCUAUACAUUCUAAUCAUAAAUAUCAAUCUGUCGAGAUGUGGGACCUGCACAGCUGGCAGAAUGUACUCUUCUCUUGUUACAACACAGACUUCUGUCUUUGCUUUUGUAUCACCAGACCCAAACUCAGCUCUGUUACUAUAGAAAGAAUAUGAAGUAUACCAUUUGUAUUUUUGUAAUUUAAUAGAUUAGACCAUGAAGCAUAAUUGUCAUUACUUUACCAAUAGCAGUGAUCAAGGAGGAAAUGUUUAGUCAGCGAAGGAGUUUUUAUCUACAUCAUUGUCCCCCCCCUUUUAGGAGUUUCUAAUAUCUAGAAUGUGCAGUAGUUUAAAGCAACUUUUUAUUCUUAAUUUCCACAUCUACUGGCUGGACUUUGUUAUUUGCACUGCAGCUUUUAUUUGCGACUUGCUGAUUUUUAUUUCUUGAUAUGUUUUGAACUUUUAUAUAUUUAUGUUGAAUUUAUUUAUUGUUUUGACCUUAAAUAUAUACGAUAUUUUAUAUUUAACACAAUUCCAUGGGCUUGUCAGCAAUUAACCAAUGAAUGUAUGUCACUGUGUGGCUAAGUAUGUCAUUUGUGUGGCAUGCAUAUAUUGUGAGUCACUAGAAUGUAUGACACUGUUUUCAUUGUUAAUAAUUGAACUA